CGCGUUGGUCUCUCUCCCUCUCUCUCCCUCUCUCUCUCUCUCUCUCUUUCUCUGCUCUCUCUCUCGUUGGAGAAAGCGAAAUAGGAAAAAGGAAGAGAGUAGUUUUGUUCGAUUUGAAAUCGAAUUGAAGGGAUUUGGAGAGAUUCGUUAGAACCCUAGCUGGCGACGCUCCCCAAUCGAUUCUCGCCAAGUUCCUCUCGGACUUCGUACCAUUUUUUGGAGAAUGGUGUCGGACGCGAGCAAGAAGAAGGCGGCGGCAAAGAAGGCGGCGGCAGCGGCGAAGAGGGGUGGUAAAGCGGCGGCGGCGGCGGCGGCGGCGUCGGCGAAGGCCGCCGCGCAGGCUCCGAAUGGCGUCGCGGCGGAGAAUUUGGCAGAGGGGUUUGGAUCGAUCGAGCUAUCGGAUCGCACUUGCACGGGAGUUCUCGCAUCCCAUCCCCUCUCUAGAGAUAUUCAUAUAGAGUCUCUUUCAUUGACCUUCCACGGGCAUGAUCUCAUUGUAGAUUCGGAACUGGAGCUCAACUACGGGAGACGGUAUGGUCUUCUUGGAUUGAAUGGCUGUGGGAAGUCCACACUUCUCACAGCAAUCGGAUGCAGAGAGCUCCCAAUUCCUGAACACAUGGAUAUUUAUCAUCUUACCAGGGAGAUUGAAGCUUCGGACAUGCCCGCUCUCCAAGCAGUCAUCAGCUGUGAUGAAGAGAGGCUGAGAUUGGAAAAAGAAGCUGAGAGAUUAGUAGCUGAGGAAGAUGGUGGCGGAGAAGCCUUGGAUCGGGUCUAUGAGCGGUUAGAAGCUAUCGAUGCAUCAACUGCUGAGAAGCGUGCAGCUGAAAUUCUCUACGGGCUUGGUUUUAGUAAGCAAAUGCAAGCAAAGAAAACUCGAGAUUUUUCUGGUGGUUGGCGUAUGAGAAUUGCAUUGGCGAGAGCACUCUUUAUGAAUCCGACCAUCCUUUUGCUCGAUGAGCCUACAAAUCAUCUUGAUCUGGAAGCAUGUGUCUGGUUGGAAGAGACUCUAAAGAAGUUCGACCGCAUCCUCGUUGUUGUCUCCCACUCGCAGGAUUUCCUGAACGGCGUGUGCACCAACAUCAUCCACAUGCAGAACAGAAAGCUGAAGCUCUACACCGGCAACUACGACCAAUACGUCCAGACCCGAGCCGAGCUCGAAGAAAACCAGAUGAAGCAGUACAAAUGGGAGCAAGAACAGAUUGCAUCCAUGAAAGGGUACAUCGCCCGCUUCGGCCACGGGUCCGCCAAGCUAGCGCGCCAGGCGCAGAGCAAGGAGAAGACCCUAGUGAAGAUGGAGCGUGGCGGGCUCACUGAAAAGGUGGUGAAGGACAGAGUACUAGUAUUCCGCUUUACCGAUGUAGGCAAGCUCCCGCCGCCCGUCCUUCAGUUCGCCGGCGUAACUUUCGGUUACACCCCCGAUAACCUUAUAUACAAGGACCUCGAUUUCAGUGUCGACUUAGAUUCCAGAAUCGCAUUAGUGGGCCCCAACGGGGCGGGGAAAAGCACUCUGCUAAGGCUUAUGACCGGGGACUUGGUUCCCUUAGACGGUAUGGUUAGAAGGCAUAACCACCUCAGGAUCGCGCAAUUCCACCAGCACUUGGCGGAGAAGCUCGACCUGGAGAUGUCGGCCUUGCAGUUCAUGAUGAAGGAAUACCCAGGGAACGGGGAGGAGCGGAUGAGGGCGGCGGUAGGGAAGUUCGGGUUAUCGGGCAAGGCGCAGGUGAUGCCGAUGAAGAACCUGUCGGACGGCCAGAGGAGCAGGGUGAUAUUUGCUUGGCUGGCGUGGCGGCAGCCGCAUCUGCUUUUGCUGGAUGAGCCGACGAACCACUUGGACAUCGAGACGAUCGACUCGCUGGCGGAGGCGCUGAACGAGUGGGACGGGGGGCUGGUUCUGGUGAGCCAUGAUUUCAGGCUGAUCAGUCAGGUGGCGCAGGAGAUUUGGGUGUGCGCGAACCAGGCGGUGACGAGGUGGGAGGGUGGGAUUAUGGAGUUCAAGGAGCAUCUCAGGAGCAAGGCCGGGUUGCAUGAGUGAGAGCCUUUUUCUAUCCUUCUCCUUCCUUCUCCCUAGAGAGAGAAUGAGGUGAGUUGGUUAUGUUCGCUCGUUAUAUACCUGCGUCAUGGUGAUUGAUUUUCAUGGCGCGUAUUUAUAUGUCUCGUAUCGUAUCGUAUCAGACUACCUCGUCAUCUGUGUGUAUCGUAUGUAUCUUCUUUAUCUGUAUCUUGCCACAUCUAUAUAAAAACAUCUAAAGAGUGUAAAUAUUACUUGUUUCAUUCGAGGACUAAUAUUUUACACUAAUAUAAAAACAUCUAAAUUUAUAUCC